GCACUGUCGACGAAUUAGAGGAAUAAUGGAAACCGAAUUGACAUUAGUUUUCGUAUUGCAGCCAACUUCAUGUAUAUAUGUAAAUUUUCACUGCUGUAAGAAAAAGUAAAACACCGUGUAUAUGCGCCAAACAUUUAGAUUUUUCAGUGAUAUUUCAGGAAAAAGUUAUAAAUUUAAUUGUAAAGUGCAGUUCAAUAACGCAAAUACGUGAUUACUAAUAUAUUUAACAAAUAUAUUCAAAAAUUUGUGAGAAAAACGCGCUAUAGCUUUUGCGUUGAAUGGGGCAGUGAAGCACUAAUCUUUGACGCCAUGUUUAAUUUCUUGCCAUCAGCACUCCUAUUAAAUGUAUUAAGGGGUGAGGCGAGUAGGCCGGGUGGCAAGUAGUGGUGGAACGAUUUUAGAAAGCGCAAUUUUGAAUACUGCGUUGAAUGGAGUGAAAAAUGUGUAUAAAUGUAAUUCACAAAUAAAUAAGUAUUAGAAGGUUGUAUAUAAGAACACAAAAAUUGAAAUGUGAGCUUUCUCCAAAUAAUGGAAUUGUUUGAAACUCUAAAAAUAAAUGCUAAUAUAAUUUAUGCAACAAUAUCUACGCGAGAGUGUGGCUCUCUUAACGAUUACAGUAGAAAGAGGAUCAAACAAAAACAUUUACAAAAAGAGUAACAACAACAAAACCAACAAUAACUAGAAAUGUAUGUAGAUGCUUAAAAUUUUGUGGAAAAGCGAGCGGACAGGUUUAUUCAUUUAACGCCGCAUUUAUAGCAUCAUGUGGGAUAAAGAGACCUCAAAAACUAAAAAAUCUGAGGACACAUCCGUCGAAGGAAACACCGAAAAUGCCGCCUCACAAUAUAUCAAAAGAAAUAAUUUAUCUGAAAAUGUUUCAGCGGAAGCAGAUACAUUGGUGGUUGCAACAUAUGUUGUCCACGAUGACGAUGAUAGCGCCGAAAAUAGUCGAAAGGUAAAUGCUGGUCCAAAGUCUUUGGGCACAGAACAAAGCGAUAUCGAACAUUUGCUGUCUAUUGUACAAUUAUGUGAUGGACCAUCGACAAGCUCAUUUUCACAGAAAAAUGAAUCACCAAACAAGCAACCACAUUCGACAAAACACUCAGAUUUUAGAUCUGUAUUGCCAACAUCAGUAGCAACGACAACGGCUGCAGCUAAAGAAACAACUAACGCGGAGGAGUUAACUGUAUCUAUUGAUAGUGAUGAAUUGCCAUAUAAAAAUACAAAUGCAAAUAUUAAAACCCAAUCCUUUAUGCAAUCUAAUAAACCAGUAAUGUCAGUAAAAUAUGUUAGUCCUAUAUCAAGAAAAUCGUCUCAAAAUGAAAAGGUACUAGAACAGAGAAGCAAAAAUCUUCAAAAUGAUAAUGUGGCUGGUCCACAAAUCCAGGGUUUGUAUGACAAACCACUUACCCUGUCACCCGAAAAUUUGGAUGCAGCAACAAGAGAAUAUUCACCAGCAGGUUCCGUUGAAGAUCUUACAUCAGUGUCGGAAAUGCAUGCGGGUUCGCCCACCCCGUCCAGCAUUACUAGUGCAUCGACACUUCGAGUUGCAAGAGGUACGAGUGGACGACGAACGGAAUGCUUACGACAUAUGAGACGACCACCCAAAGAACCUGAAGAAUACCUAGAUGCGCUAUUUCCGCAUAUACGGAAAGCACAUAAUCAAAUUCGUAAAGCUUUAUUGCAUGCACCGCUUACGGAUGUUAAAGAUAAUGCUUUGCUAAAGAAAAAAAUGUUGGAGCUAAUUCAGAUCUAUACUAGUGGUUGUAAAGAUGAAUUCGAAAGAGUGGGACCCUCACUUGUGCUCUGUCGUAGGCUAAAGAGAAAUAUUAUACGGCUUCUUGAUCUGUUCCAUGAAAUUUGUUCAUCUAGUCAUGAAGAUCAUGCCUAUUUGUACCAUAUUAGCCAACUAAUCGCCGUAUAUACCUCCCUUGAAAUAAGAUUGUCCUUUAAUUUGACAAGACUACAGAAAUGUGCGUUAAUUCACCGCAUACAUCACAUCAUACAUAAACAUUUAAUGGUAAAGAAUGAGUCUUUGGCCAAAGAAAAUAUACUGCGCAUGUUCCUUCACAUGCCCGAUACGUAUUCAGCACGUUUUAUAAUGGAACCGCUUUUCAACACCUUUUUGCUAGAAAUCACUACGAGCGGCAAUACAUGGUGUCAAAAAGAAUUGCCGGAUAAGGUAUUUGUGCAAUACAUUAUAAUAUUACAUAUAUGGAAAGAGAUGCUACGAGAUCCACUUGAACAAGUCGAACUAAUUAACCGUGCCCAGCAUUUUAUGUGUCCAACUAAGACGCUACAUGCAAAUCCAAUGUAUGCCAAUCAUUUACCAACGAUUCACACACGCAAGCAUGCUGUUAAAGAUAUCUUAAAUAGUCUAAAAUUUUUUCACGAUUUGAGAAAUGCAGCAAUUUGUGAUGAUACAUUGCAUGAUGGAGACGAUGACAUUGAGGUGGUUAUAGAUGAAGUUAUAAACACACCAUUUUGGGAUUUUGGUGCCACCUACACAGGGGAAUCCAAACAGACAAGGAGCUUAAAUCGCAACGUACCAACAGCAGACCCAACAGAAUGCGUGGAUUUGACACAGGAAGAUGAUCAAGAUUCAAUUUUUGAUUCGUCAGAUAAACCUUUAGAAUGGCUUAUUAAGCUGAGAGAGUGUGCAGCAGAGAGAGUGCAAGUUGAUGAGUCGGAAAAGAUUAUUUGCUUAGACUCUGAUUCAGAUGGAGAAUUGUUUUCUGGUAGUAUACUAGAUCCAUCAGAAUCAUAUCAAGAUUGUGAUGCUGUCGAUACCGAUUACACAAGUCUCGACGGUAGUACAACAGAUGAUAAAGAUCUAUCUGAAGAUGAGGCGCUAUCAGGCAAUGGAAUUACUAUUAACGGUCUUAGAACUUAUCUCGCGCCUAGAUCUAAAAAUCAGAUAAACGUUAUAAAUGACAAGCGUUCAACAGCAAGCGCUGCCUCAGUAUCAGAACCUUACGAAAGAACAAGAGAUUGUGAUGGUGAAGGUGACAGCGCAGCAGUCGGUACGAAAAAGUCGACAAUUGCUGCUGUCUCAACUGCGGAACCCACAAUACCACUAAUUGUUAACUCUUUUACCGUUAGGGGUAAACAAAAUAUGCAUUUGUUGAAUUCACCUAGAUUUAGCCUAGAUAUUGGACCAGAACGUUUUGGGAAUGAAUAUAUAGAAUUUCACGAUGCAGGUGGUGAAGAACGUGAAAUGAGUUUAAAUUUUAAGGCAACGAAAAAUCAUUAUAGACGCGCUGAUAAUGCGGUUGCUAAUGAUCGUGCUGCAGUUGGCCGUAGCGCUGGUGGCUAUUUUGGCAAAGAAGUUAAUACCGAUGAUGAGGAAGAUGAUGAUGAGUACCAGUCCUUGCCAUCCACAGCAUCGUCAUCAACAACAACACUUGGUAAAGUUAUAUAUUCGCAAGCGCUACUGCGGCCUAGUCAACACUUUUUAACGGAGUAUCAAGAGAAAAAUUCAGAUAAUGAGCGAUUUAAGGCAGAUAACAAAAAAGAAAUGCUCAUACUUCGCGAAGACAAACCAGUGAAAAAACAAGUGAAAUUCAAUGAUAACCCCAUCGGACCAACGCGUCGUCCUCAUGCCAUAUUGCCGAUAAAACCAGCUAUACAUCUCAAUAAAAUCCAACCCAGCAAUCAACAACCUAUUUUCUCCAAUUCACCACAACCACGUUUCUCAUCACCGUCAUCUUCAACUUCUUCAACAAACGACUCACUUAAGCAAAUGGCACAAAAAGAGCAUAUCAACGCAAUUGCAACACUAUUUAGCAGUUAUAAAAUCACGAAACAGCCCGCCGUCAGUGGCGCUGCAGCACGCAAUAGUGGCAGCAACACCACAGUUCUAAACAAGUCCAAAUAUAAAGCUGGACCGAAGUCUAUGCAUAUGUCGCGUAAAAGGAAUGCAAUGUCGGAAAGGCGUAAACAUUCUACUAACUCGCCACAGUCUGUCUCCAAUUCACAAUCACCGACAACACGUAACCACUCAACAUCACCGGCCAGUUUGCGCGCAAAUAGUCCUGUUAUUAUAGCGCCCGAAACAGCAGCUGAUCCGAAAUUGAAUAUGAAAUGCGCUGUGAUAAUGCAAGAAAAUGAGAACGUCAUCAAUUAUAAACGACAACAGGUCGCCUUCAUCAAUGAAUUAUUGGAGAAACAAAGAGAAAUGCAACGGCAGCGUGCACUAAAACGACAAGAGUUCCAGAAUAUAUUGAAGCAAAAACGUGAGGAGGGUAAACGCUUGAUGGCGGAAAUUUCGCAAAUAAAAAAGCAGCAAGCCGCAGCGCACGAAAAGAUUUUAAAAACACAGGCACAUCAACCAAAACAAUCGCCUACAAUUUUAAAUCGCAAACGAUUAUUGGUGAGAGAAAGAAAUAUAACAUUCAAAACAAAGACAAAAGUACGCAGCCGUUCUACAACGCCCAAUCGCACAAAUAAUCUGGAAAAUGUUGCAGAGACGGCUGAUGAAGGAAUAGAUACAGCAAGCGCUGCUAUAAUACAAACAAUGAUAGGCGACACUUUUGAAUUGGCGACUGAAGCUAUGCCUUUAAGCGAUGGCGCGAAUAGAACUUCUGCCGCAUUGAAAAGUAUAAAGGCUACACAGAUGCAAGACAAAAAAUCUACCACUUCAAUACGUUCGACAACAGGUGCGACAAAUGCAGAGGCAAAUACAUUAACGAACUCAACAAAAUGCAGAGUACCGAGUACAUCGUCAAAUACAUUAACAAAGUUAAAUGCAAUUGAGCAAGUUAAUUCAGCAUUACAAUUGACAGAAGAAAAUAGCAAUGAAAAGCAAAACACCGACACUUCAAGUAAAGCAAUAAAAACUAAUAUAACGGCAAUAUCAACACAAACCAUGAAAAGCCUGCAGAAAGCUGAAGAAUUGACAGGCAUGGAAAUACCGAGCGCAGUGUUGCCAUUGACAAGUAAGACGAGUUUCAAACCCGAAAACCCGAAAAUACCGGCAUUACUAGCAUUAGCAACAACAACACCGUAUAAACGUUGUGCUAGAUCAAUGACACCCACACGUGGAGAUUAUGAUACGACGAAGCAGUCCGAACUGCAUACAAAACGUAUUACAGAUAAUUUGUUAGUUAAUUGCUCAUCACCGUUAUCUACACCCACCACAUCUAGAACACGUCUACAACGUGCACCGUCAUUAUCACCGUCAAUAUUCAUGAAUCGCAAUCGUGUGGAAGUGCGACGUAGCAUGCAAGAUCCCACUAGUAAUACCGACUUCACUACGAAUAGCACAUCUUGGUUGCUGAAUGCUUCGCCGCGCACUUUCAGCAAAACAUUAAAAGUUCGACUAAAACGUUUACAGCAUAUAAAUAUGUUGCCUACAACCGCAAAUUCACCUGAAAAGGAAACAAACGAUAAAAUUUCAAUGCCAGCGUCUGUCAUGCCAACUCUCUUAAGCGAAUGUGAGGCGCGAACAACACAUACAGUUGCUAACGCGCUCAAUGAAAAUAUAGGGAUCGCAACACAAGAAUGUCAAAUUAAAAAUAAUAAGCGCAAGCGCGUGCAAUUAUUGAAACAACAGCUCAAAAAAGAGUUGCAUGAAUUGGGUAAAUCAUUUGUUAGGCCAGUCGACGCAAAAGCUGAAAAUACCUUACGUCUGCUGUCAACUAAGGAUAUAGCAUGUAGUCAAGCCACGCAAACAGCUGAAGAGCGCAUUAACAAAGGAGCACGGCGGAAGCACGCAAAAAAGGUGCAACAAAAUAGCAAAAAGUUAAAGCGCUUAGAAAAAGUCAACAACGAUCAGCAUACAAAUAAAAUGCAAACCGAUUUGACGAUUAACAACAGUCCAUCUGAUAAUGCUGUUGUUGUGUGUGAUAGUAAAGAUGCGAAGACAGCGAAGAGCGAUGUUGAAGACGACUUACAAUGUGAUAGAAAUCAAGAAACGAAAGAAAUAAUUGGUGAGACGUUAGCAAAUGUUAACAAUGAUCUAUGUCCAAGCAGUAGGCAAAUAACUAUUGAGUCUAGCGAAACUGUCGUAGAGCAAGCGUUAGGACAACAUAGUGAAAAUAACGCAAAACAUCAACAGUUUUCAAUAGAGCCUUCGAAUAGCGAUAAAAAUGCAAUUGAAGACAUUGAAAUUGCAACUGCGCAGAAAGAACCCGCCUCAAAUAACUCUAUGAGCAUUAAUUGCGACAACGUUAUGGAUAAAAAACACAAAAGAACUCAUAAACACGGUGCGAUCGUUACCCAAGUUGUAGAUGUUACACCUGGCCGGCAUGUUAAUGAUAAUCUUUUGAGCGAUUUAUUGCUAGUCGCAGCUGCAAACAAUUCAGCGGUGUUAAAUAGUAAUGCCGUCUUGAACACAACUGCUAGUUUAGCUUUUAUUGAACCGCCUGCUGCAGAGUUACCAAUUCCCCGCAAAAUUACGGAAACUUGUACAAAACCGACUGUCGAACCCACUUCGGUCGUCAAGCCGAAUAAUUUACUGCCGGAAAUACCUAACGGUGCUAGUGACAAAACGCAUGUUGAGAUAGCCGAUGAAAUGGCGGUGGCUGUGUCGGGUCUUGCAAUGUUGGCAAAUAGACCGUUAACAACAAUAAAUACCGAAAACUGCAAAAACGCGCCUGAAUUCCAAAAUGAAAAUGUGGACACAAUCUUUCCAAAGAAAAUGUCCAGCGAAUCAAUUUCCUCUGACAUGCAAUGUGUUGCUGAGCCAACGACUGUGAUUGGUUUGUUAAACGAUACUCGAAACCAUACAAUAACCACAAUCGACGCGCAUGCAACCACUGAUGAAACAAAACAAAGAGUUGUGGAAAUUCCCAAUGACAUUGUUGCCCUGCCAAAUGAUAAAGGUGACAUAACAGAUGGUGAGGAGUCUAGCAGUGAUUGUUUGUUGUCGCAAUUGUCAAAACGUGUACAUAAAAUGUCCGAUUUGGAGAGUAUUGUCGAUGCCACCACUGUGCAUGUGAUUAAGGACGCCACCAUGACGCUGAUGAGUUUCGAAGCCACGCCAACUUUGCCAGCUUAUUUGCUUAAUGGCGAAAGUCGUGAUGUGCCCACACCACCAGCUAUAGCCACACCCGCGCCGACCCCUGCACCCACACCCACUGCCGAUUUAUACGCGGAGACUGAGCAGCCGAAGUCUGAACCGACACCACCAUUGCCUGAACUAAUGAUCAAAGAAAAUGCGCAUGCUCCAACACCAAUAGAUCCUAUAAUAAAAGAACAUUUAACUACACCAAACGACUCAACAGAUGCAAUGGUUGCAAUUAAAGUACCCGAACCAGCGCAGGAGAACAUGAGCUCAUUAGCAGAUGCACCCUUACAAGCUCAACAAGCGAUAAUUAAUACUGACGAAGGUUUGUCUAAUAAUCAUUUGUCAGCACCAUUGACGCAAGAACAACAACAGUUUGAAUUAGAAGUAAAUUCACCGGCGCCGGCAAGUGCAAUAUCGACCUCAGAUCAUGAAGUAUCUUCAACCCAAGAGAUCGUUUAUACACCAACAAAACGUUCUAAUGCUAAUACACUCAAUAGCACCGCCGGUAUGUCGAUACCAACACCCAACGAAGAAGAGGCAGCCAUGUUAGUGCAAAAUAGUCAAAUAGAUACGACACAUCACCUGCCAGAAAGCUCAUAUUAUAUGCGCAAGCGCGCACGUAAAUUUUCAGAUGAAUUUACUUUGAGUGAAAAUAAGAAUGAAAAUUCCGCUAAAGACAUAAUGAAGCAAAGACGUAAAACGUUCUCCUCUGAAUCAUGUCUACCCGCACAAUUUUCAUCGAAUCUUACAACAUUUACGAAAAACAAUAACGAACUCACGAAUAGCAGUGCAACAGCUGGCACAAGUAACGGCAUAAAUAAUGGUGGCCAAAACAGUGGUGGUAGUUCACCAUCUACCACCACUGAACCAGUGACUAAGCACGCGCCAGCACGUCGGCGCAAUCAUCAACAAAAACGCAACAAUUCACAAUCACCGCUAACUGCGCGUAGUCGCGCCGGUGGCAGUGCGGGUGAAUUGAAUGGCAGUUUUGUUUAUAGUUGCAGCCGUUUACAACCUACUAACGUAGAUAUGGCGGAUGUGGAACAUUGUGUGGUGCUGCCAGCGAGUGCUGUUGUACCACCAGUAAAUUUGGGUAACAUUGCGCGUACAUAUUCGAAAAAUAACAUAGCCCAGAUUAAGGUGUUCGUACCACCUGAAGUGGAAAUGUGUUUGGAAAACGAAGAUGCAGAAAAAGACGCCACUGUAGCGACCACCACAAGUAAACGUGGUCGUCCAAAAGGCGGCAUCAUAAAUCGAAGUCGAAAACAACCAAAACACGAAACAGCUGAAAAAGUAAAGGCGAAAAAGACCGCUACAAAUAUAACGAAAACGAAAACAAUGCAAUCCUCGAACAAGCGCGAUACUGCUGCUGAUAGUCGUCCGAAACCUGCGGAUAGCAAAUCUUCAAAAUCAACAACAAGCACCAAGACACCGACGCGUUCGAAGCACGUAGAACGCGCAUCUAAUCGUAAACGGAAAUAACAUAUCAAUUCAAGUAUGUCGACACGUUGUAGCACUGAUGACGCUGAUAAUUAUGAUAGUGAUUAUGUUGUCAAAAAUUACGGAAAUAUUUCGCCGUGCUCAUCUUUGCAGUCGUCUGAAAACGAACGUUUACACACACUGCGACCACGUCUGCAGGAGCAGUUGCAGCGCAUGGUGCUAACUGAAGAUCACUCACUACAUGAGUAUGAAAUUGAGGACGCCGAGCGCUUAAAUGUGUUUGAUAUUGCUCAAGAUAAUAAUAUUGUUGACUCGAAAUGGAAUGUGCCGGAAAUGCAACCAAUUGUUUUGGUGCAACGCAUUUGCUGGAGAAAGGGUGUAUACAGCGAUUAGUGGAUUAGUAAAGUUGGUUUCUUUAUUAUGUUUUAUCUGAAUGGGAAAUAUGUUGUAGAAGUUUAAUUAGGGCGUAUAAUUAUAACACGUUCCAAUGUUUUGUACAUGUGAACAUUUUCUGUUAAUUUAAUUAAUUAUUAAUUAUUUGUAUGUAAAUUAUAUAUAUGUAUAUGAAUAUGUAAACUUAAAAAUAUAAAAAAAAAUUGUAGAAUGUAAAAAGUACUGCCAGAAACAGAAUAUAUGUUUAUAUACACCCAAAACAAUACUAAAACAGUCAUACAUACUAAAUGCAUAAAAAACGAAUAAAUAUGAAAAAUAGUGGCAAUGAAGGUAGUGUGAAAUUUGUAAUAAAGUUUAAAAGAAAACAAUAUAUGGCUUGUGUAAAUGCGGCAGUCAUGUGAGUUGUGAAUAGCAUGGCAAAUAUUCGUAAAAAUCAAACCAAUAUAUACAUGCAGAUUUUUGCAGAAAUUUCAUUGAUUUUAAUAAAGCUACUUAUUGUACAAUUUUAAACUAAUUUGCUGAUUAAGAACGCCAGACUAGCAUGGUGUAUAAACCAAUUGUAAUAUAUGUAAAAUUGUAGCGUUAUGUAAAAUGAAAAUAAAGCAUGUAUAUAUGUAUACGCGUAUAUAUAACAAAUUUAUAUAUUGUUAAACUUUUAGUUAAAGAUUUUGAAUAAUUGUAAUUUAAGUUUGUUUUAUAUUUAUUUUUUUUAUAUUUUAAAAAAGUGGUAGUAUUGUUUCUAAUUAAAUUUCGAAUAUACGUACAUAAUUUCUUAGCCGUUUAUACUUAUGAUAUUCAUUUAGAAUUGAAGUAAAUUUAAUUCCCAUGAAAUAUUAUGAAUUAGUAUUUCGGCAGUAAAUUCGUUAACGUUUCCUUAAAAGAUAUGAACAACAAUGCCUUUACACGCGACUAUUUCUCUCCAAUAUGGUUAUUGUUUCUAAACAAUAUUUUUCUAACAAAUUGCAUUGAUAUCAUUAAACUUAUGAAAAAAUACAGGUUAAUUAAUAAUGAAAACGAUAAAUUGUGUAAUAAUAGAUAUUUUUAUAAAAAAAAAAUCGAUAUAUAUAUAAUGUAUAUUUUAUUGUGUUAAAUAUGGCAGCUCAAUUUCGAAACUAGAAUUGUAAUGCAAAAAAUAAUAAAUAAGAGGAAAAUACUAUAAAAGGUUUUUUUGGCAUCGACAAAUAUAUGUACAUACAUACAUUUGCUUAAAUGCAUAUGCGACGGUAAAGAAACUUAUUAUAUAAUAUAACUCAAAUUUAUUAGUGUUUGAAAAAAAUAAUUAUAUAUACAUAUAUAAGUAAAAAGCAAAUAGAUUUGCGCAUAUAGCGUAUUAUAAGUGGUACAAAACGUCAUUCAAUAUAUCUAUAUAUAUAAAUAUAAAACGUGUAAAAUAAGUUAUUGCACGAUAUAUGCAUAUAAAAAAAGAAACUAUUUUACGUAAAUGAAAAUUACAUAUGAAAAAAAAAUUUAUUUUACAUAUAUGUAUGUAUGUAGGUAAGCAGUUAGAUAUAAGCUAUUGGAGUACCACACGAAAGAAAAUACUACCACAGAAUUUCUUAGCACAACGUAAAAAUUAUUGUUUGUAGCAAAAAUUUAAUUUCGGUAAAAAAUCUUAAGAUAAAUUUAAUAUUAAAAUAUAUAUUACAUAUAUAUAUAUGUAUGUAAGCGCAUACAUGCGUAUAUAUUAUAAUACUGUUUUCGGGUUUAUCAAGUCGUUGUAGCUGAUAAUUUAGAUUUAUAAUAGUUUUAAGCGUCAACAGGCAAGCGUGCAUUGUACACAUACAAUUUGAAAAUAUGCCAAAAUGGUUUUUUAUAGAACAGAUUGUAAAUCACACAAAAUCAACAAAAAGUAAACAGAAAAAUCACGAGAAAAA